CUUGUUUCCAGUGGAAGCAAAGACUCAUGGGAACAGUCAGCUGUCCCAGAAGAAUCUGGGGCCGAAUUGGCCCGUUAAGGAGGGCAGGGAGGGGAAAGAAGACGAUAGACCAUACCAACUCCAGGGCAACAUGGCCUUCUACAGCUGUAAUAUAUUCCUUGCAAUAGCCAGAUCCAGGGGACCCCACCUGCUUGUACACUCCAGCUGCUCCCCAUUUUCCCCCUCCAUUGCAGUUGUUCAACUGGUAGAUUCCCACCUUAAUCGAACAUACCUGAAGGACUCUGAGUGCCAGCAGCUACUCUACAGCACACAACAGGGCUUCGGACUACCUCACUUGCUAAUGCAGCCCAUACGACUGUUUCACUCACCAGCCUACAGGUACCAAGAGGCUCAGGACAAACCCCAGCUUAAAGACAGUUCUGCAGAAAAGGACACUGAGGUGGUCAGUGCUCCAGUCAAAGGCACAGAGCCUGCUGUCCCCAAGAAAUCUUUGCGGCAGAGAGUUGUGGACGAACUGAAACACUACUAUAACGGCUUCCACUUGCUUUGGAUUGACACAAAAGUUGCUGCCAGGAUGGUGUGGAGACUGUUGCACGGGCAGAUCCUCACCAGGAGAGAAAGGCGAAGGCUGUUGAGAACGUCUGCUGAUCUCUUCCGGCUGGUUCCUUUCCUGGUUUUCAUCAUUGUGCCCUUCAUGGAAUUCCUCUUGCCGGUAUUUCUGAAACUGUUUCCUGAGAUGCUGCCCUCAACGUUUGAAACAGAGUCCAAAAAGGAAGAAAAGCAGAAAAAGAAGCUGAGUGCCAAGCUGGAAAUAGCCAAAUUCCUGCAGGAGACCAUUACAGAGAUGGCAAGAAGGAACAAAGCUUCUAGUACAGGAGACGCCACGAAGCAAUUCUCUUCAUACGUUCAAAAGGUUCGGCACAGUGGCCAACAGCCCAGCACCCAGGAGAUCGUACAGUUUUCCAAGCUGUUUGAGGAUGAGCUGACCCUUGAACACCUAGAGCGACCACAGCUGGCAGCCCUCUGCAGACUGCUGGAGCUGCCACCCAUUGGGACCAAUAACCUCCUCCGCUUCCAGCUUUUGAUGAAGCUCAGGUCUAUUAAAGUGGAUGACGAAAUGAUUGCCAAGGAAGGUGUUAAUGGCUUGAGUGUGAUUGAGCUGCAGAGUGCAUGCAGAGCAAGAGGAAUGAGGUCGUUGGGUCUCACAACAGAACAGCUGAAGGAGCAAAUCACACAGUGGCUUGAUCUGCAUCUGAAAGAGAACGUUCCUCCUUCCCUGUUGCUACUUUCUCGUGCCUUAUACUUGACGGAGGUGAAGCCCAGGCCUAUUGCCGUGUCAUCAGCUGACCCUCUGCCGAGCAAAGAUGCUGAAGAAAUUAUCCCUUCUGAAGAUCACGAGACCUUGGUGGAUUCUGCUCCCAAAAUGCAAGGCAAUAAGAGCGAAGAAUUUAUAACACCACCAACAGAGAAAUUACAAGCUCCUCAAGUAUCAGUCAGCCCUGCUACAAGCAAGACAAAAAUGGAAGCCUCUCGGAGUAGCAAAGCCAGUGCGAAUGGAGUUUAGCUGUGCUUCUAGGACAGACUUCCAAGCUCCACAUAUCUCAUCUGAAAAAAGGCAGGGUUUCGGUUUUGGGGGGCAUUUUUUGCAGGCCAGCUCCUUCCUACAUCCAUGAGUCCUCAAUUGCUUCACACUCCUGCUGCAUAAACAAGUGCGGCGUGCUCCAGGUGGUUUUGUUAGCAACUUGUCCAGACAAAAAUGAGACCUAGCACUAUUUACUGUAUUUUAUGUAAUUUAACUUAUUUUCUUGUAAAUAUGUAUAUAAUCCACAAAUGAGGCAAGCUGUAACUUAUACAACAUUGUCAGAAGUUGAGAUUCAUGUUUCUUAAAAAUUUUACCAAAAUGG